AUGACGGUCUACGACAGUGGAACGACCGAGUUCUCAAUCAAAGGGAUGGUGAGGGCAUCAAUUCAAGCGCUUGUCAAGGCACAAGGCAGCUGCGCGUUUAAGGCCAUGAGAGGAUUUCCAGAUCCUCCCAAGAAGAAGAUCAUCUGUGCCGGCAAGUUCUGCAUCGUGAUCAUGCUUCAGAUGGUUGCAGAGCUGAACUUGAAGGGCAUACUCACGGGGACGGUCGAAGUGAGCUCUGAAGUGGACUUCCAAGUCGAGGGCACCGUGCGUGUCACGAAGAGUGGUCACUCCGAGGUGGAUAUGAAAAGCCCAUCGAUCACGCACAAGGACGGCUUUGCGAUCGGAGCCAGUGCGAUGGCAUCUGCACGAGUGAGUGCCGGACCGGUUCUCACGAUAUGGCCCGUGCCGGGAAUUCCUAUCACCUUCAGGCCGAUGGUCCAUGCCGAGGCCAAAGCGCAGGGCACACUGAAGCUGCAGCUUCUUCCAGAAGAGUUUCCUCUUUCGAGUUUCAGUUCGGGCCAUGGCAUGUUCUUCGUCCAGGAGUCUGAUCAUGCUUCUGAUGGAUCUUUGUCAAACUCGAGCUUGAACAUGACCUCGACAGCACUGGAGAUGUGUGGAGCAGCCGCCCUCAACGCCUACGCCGACGUUGACAUCACAGGCUUCGCUCUGCCAGCUCUAUUCAAACAUGUCUUCACCAGCUCGUUUAUCCUGGAUGAACUCACGAAGGCCCUCCUAGCUGGUGGCGCAGCCAUGGUCAAAAUCAUGACAGGGCCAGUGCAGUGUGUUCCGGGUGCCAGCGCAGUUACGUCAAGGAUCAUGGCCGCGGCUCAGGCUGCAGCAUCCGCACUUGUCGGACUCAUCCCAAGCAUCAGCCUUGACUUGGGACUACCGUCGAUUCAACUGCUGGCCCCCGAGAAGCUCUUCUGCAAGGAAGUCUACAAGACUCCCGGCUUCGACUCAAAGCCAUGCGCGGCAGAGCUUGGGUGCAAGCACGCCGGCAGGGGACCUCCAGCUGGCGAGGAGAUCCCGCCUCCAGAACAAGUCACCAAUCACGAGAGGAAGACCUUCGGAGAUCGGUUUAUUCAAAUGGGCCACUGGCGCUUGGCCGACGUGGACGGCCACCACUUGGUGCUGCAGCACCAAAACGGUGCUUUGGAUGAGAUCACACUAACACCCUGUGAGGUUCCCAUCGUGUGGCGGAACGAUGGGAAAACCUUCUGGCGGCCAUGGCGUCGCAACGCCAAUCGGGUGGCCUGGAACAGGGCGAUCGGGCCCUCUAAAGGGAUCUCGUUCGGCUUCCAGUUCAUCCAGAUCGGGAAGUUCCGUAUAGGUGCCAAUGAUGAUGAUCACUUCACCGUGUCCCACAGCCAAAGGACUUGCGCCCAGAUCUGGCGGGGCCACGACACCUCAGUUCACCAUGGGAAUCGCGGCACCGACUGGGACACCUUCGACCGCGGCGAGGGGUUUCAGGCGGGCGUCACUUUCGGAGACAGGUUCAUACAGGUGGGCAAAAUGCGAUUCGGUGAAAGUGACUCGAACCACUUCACUUUCUACUUCACUCCCACUGGCAAGAGCAUGGAGAUUUUCCGAGGCCACGACGGGACGCGGCACCGAGGCAACAACUACCACUGGAAUAAACACAAUGAGAUGGUCCGCAGAGCGCCUGCCGACUGGACCUGUCCCGAUAUCGCAGAGAAGGCUUUUGGAAAGUGCAAGCCAGAGUUCGGACACUGGGGCGAUCGCUUUAUUCAGCUCGGGAAGUGGCGCCUGGCGGCCAUAGAUGGGGACCACUUCAGCAUCUCCCACCAGGAGGGUUACACAGCGCAAAUCUACCGAUGGGAUGGCACUCUCCACCCCGGUCCCCGCCGCGAUUACGGUUCCUGGCACAGACCCAUCGGGUUUCCUCACGGCAUCACCUUCGGUACGAACUUCAUCCAGAUCGGUAGGUUCCGUAUCGCAGCCAUGGACCACGACCACAUGAGCAUCUCUCACCAGUCAGGGAAUACAGCUCAGAUCUUCCGGGGGCACGAUGGCUCCCUGCAUGAAGGGCCACGACGUGACUGGCACGGAUGGAAUCUCCGAGCUGGGCCUGCUUCGGGGGUGACGUUCGGGGACAGGUUCAUACAGCUGGGGGAGUUCCGCCUCGGUGCAGAUGACUGGCACUUGUACGUGACCCACAGGGGCUACAACCGGAGCCCUCAGAUUUUCACGGGUGACGGCCGUCUGGUUCCCGGGACACAGCAUCACUACGCCUAUCGGGUGAACGAUCGGUACGCGCAGUGGCACUGUGGUGGCAUUGAGGAAAUCUUGGGGAGUUGCCCGGGAAUCACAGCAGGUCACAACUUUCUGCAGAUUGGCGACUGGCGGGUGGCGCAGAUGGAUUGGCACCACUUCUCAUUCUCGCAUCGCAGCAUCCACACUCCCGUGAUCUACACUUCCGACGGUCGCGUCCACUCUGGCCCGCGAAGGGACUAUCACAGCUGGGAACGUGAGCCACACCUCACAAGUAGCAUUAAGUUCGGCGACCGCUUCAUCCAGUUUGGCCACUGGUGGCGCUUGGGUGAAUGGGAGCACCAUGGGCGACAUUUUGUCCUCUCCCACCGACACAACAAAGCUCCGAUGAUUUGGCGCGAUGACGGCACGGUGCACGAAGGACCCAGGAAUGGCUGGAGCCUUUUUGGGCGAGCAACCGGUGCACCAAAGGGGAUCGCCUUCGGACAUGGCUUUGUGCAGAUUGGCAACUGGCGAAUUGGUGAUGUCGACGGCAAGCACUUCUCUAUCACCAAUGUGAACGGCAAAACCGCAGAAAUCUUCACCGGCACUGAUGGAAGGCGACACUAUGGCCCACGUGGUGAUUACACCACGUUCGGUCGCAUGAUUCUGGACUGCCGCGUUGUAUAG